UCAUUCAUAUCGUUAACGGUUUUUCAACCACCAAACAAAAACCAAUCAUUUCUACAGACAAAAAAGGAAAAAAAAAUCUCAAAUUCCUUUUCUUUGUUUUCUUUCCCCCUGUUUUUGAUGUUUUAAGCCUAGUAAUUUGCUUAAUUUUCUUUGGUUUCAAAAAGGGUCCAUUUGUUUUAUUCUUUUUUCUCCUCCAUUUCUUGUUUUUUUGGUUCAGAAAGAAGUAAAAAGACUCCAUUUUUAAGCAAGAAUUAAUGGAAUUGAAGGAGAUGGUGGUUCUUGUAUCACGCUCCGGCCGGCAUUUGCAACGUUACAACAAGGGUCGUCGCCAAGUUGUUGGAUGUAUACCUUACCGAUAUAAAGAUUUCACCGAGCUAUCAAUGGUAGAUGAAGAUGCGUUCGAAGUUCUUCUCAUAAGUCCGCAAAGAAAAGGGAAAGGGUUGUUAUUUCCAAAGGGAGGUUGGGAAAAAGAUGAAACAAUCGAAGAUGCUGCACAACGUGAGACUGUCGAGGAAGCUGGAGUACGAGGUGAAGUUGAGUGUAAACUGGGAACAUGGUAUUUCGAGAACAAAUCCGGUGACACUGCCUAUGAAGGACACAUGUUUCCUUUGUUUGUAACAGAACAACUAGACUCUUGGCCUGAGAAAGAGAUUCGCGAAAGAACUUGGAUGAAUGUAUGCGAAGCAAGAAGGCUGUGUCAAAACGGAUGGAUGAAAGAAGCAUUGGAACUAUUAGUAAGUCGUCUCACAUCACAAAGCAAGCGGACCAAAGGGGAACUAUAUCCAGGAAUCGAACGUACAUCCAGUGGUAGAGCAACUAUUCUUCCUUUGGGAUGUAGAGCUCAAUUACUUUCUCUACCACUACCAAGUUCUACUGAAGAAGCAUAGUGUCUGUUGAUAU